AUGCGUGCUGCGGGGCCGGCCGUGUCCGGGCGGGUCGGGGGUCCCGGGGGGCUCCGGCUCUGUGACCCCGGCAGGGAGGCGCAGCGCGGGGAGCCUUCGAGCAGCGCCGUGGCCGCCGUGUUUCCUGGUGCCUGCUCCCUGACCCCAGUGGCAGCCCCGCUCACUGCACCGCGCCCGCCCUCGCCGCCGCCCCGCUGCCGCUCCCGCAGCCGGAGCCCGGCCGGACCCGGAGCCGGAGCCGAGCCAGGGCCGCCGCCGCUGCCGCCGCCGGGCGCCGCCGCGGGGUCGGGCGCAGGCUCUGCCCCGGCCGCGCCCCCGCAGCCCCAUGGAGCGGCCCCGCUGCCCGCGCUGAAGGCGUCCCCGACCCGCCCGCAGCGGCAGCCGGCGGAGCGAAGGAAGGUGAGCGGCCCCGGGCCGGUGUCGGGAGCAGCGGGGCACGGCGGGGGCAGCGGCGCACAAAGCGGCGGGUUAGAGGUGCCGUGUCAUGGGCGGCAGCGGGGGGGGCGGGCGGCAGCUCCGGCGGCGGCGCCGGUCCAGCCUCCCGCGAACAAUGCUGGGGAUGAUCGCGGCCGCCCGCGCCCCCGCCGUGACCGCCCGAGCCCGCCGGGUCGGGUCGGGUCGGGUCGGUGCGGCGGCAGCGGCGCUUCCCCGCAGCCCAGGCGGCGAUGUCGGCGGCGCUGA